AUGGCGCCAUCUGCCUCAGUAACGGCUUGGACAUGUCGAGACGAUAGUCUAGCCGCCAUUAAUGUUCUUGCUACCGAAGCAAUACCAUUAGCCAUGUCAAUUGUCACCACUAGUUGCUCGUUGCUCCCUCAGUUCUGCGCAAAUGAUAUUCCAUCUUCAACUUCUCCUAAACCCUAUCGCUUCAGUGCGAAUCCGAGAACAUGUCGAAUCAGAUGUCAAUCAACAAGUACAGAUGAGAAGACGAAUAAGAGUAGGAAUGUUUUGGAUAACGCAAGCAAUUUAUUGACUAAUUUCUUGAGUGGUGGAAGCAUUGGUUCCAUGCCUGUAGCUGAAGGUGCUGUGUCUGAUUUGUUUGGGAAACCUCUUUUCUUCUCUUUGUUUGACUGGUUCAUAGAGCAUGGCUCAGUUUAUAAACUUGCUUUUGGUCCAAAAGCAUUUGUAGUUGUAUCAGAUCCAAUUGUUGCCCGAUAUAUUCUUCGUGAAAAUGCAUUUUCAUAUGAUAAGGGAGUUCUUGCUGAUAUUCUGGAACCAAUCAUGGGGAAAGGAUUAAUUCCUGCUGACUUGGAGACUUGGAAGCAAAGGAGAAGAGUUAUAGCUCCUGGAUUCCACACCUUAUAUCUGGAAGCCAUGGUGCAAAUGUUUGCCAAUUGUUCAGAAAGAACAAUAUCUAAACUCGAGAACCUUCUAGAAGCAAAAAACUCACAAGGAGAACAUGAGAUCGAGUUAGAUCUCGAAGCAGAAUUCUCAAAUUUGGCACUUGACAUAAUCGGUCUUGGUGUUUUCAAUUAUGACUUUGGUUCUGUCACAAAAGAAUCUCCUGUCAUUAAGGCAGUAUAUGGUACACUUUUUGAAGCUGAACAUCGUUCUACAUUCUACAUUCCUUACUGGAAAUUUCCUUUAGCUAGAUGGCUUGUUCCAAGACAAAGAAAGUUUGCAAAUGAUCUCAAGAUUAUUAAUGAUUGUCUCGAUGGUCUUAUAAGAAAUGCAAAAGAUACAAGACAGGAAACAGAUGUUGAGAAAUUGCAACAAAGGGACUACAAAAAUCUUAAAGAUGCGAGUCUUUUGCGUUUCUUGGUUGACAUGAGAGGAGUUGAUGUUGAUGAUCGUCAAUUACGAGAUGACUUGAUGACAAUGCUUAUUGCUGGGCAUGAAACAACAGCUGCUGUUCUUACUUGGGCUGUCUUCCUUCUUGCUCAACAUCCAGACAAAAUGAAGAAAGCACAAGCUGAAAUCGAUACAGUCAUCUCUGAGGAUGGAAUAACUUUGGAGUCCCUUAAAAAACUAGAAUAUGUUAGACUCAUCAUUUCUGAGAGUUUACGUUUAUACCCUCAGCCUCCAUUGCUCAUCAGACGUUCUUUAAAAUCAGAUAUAUUACCAGGAGGUUAUAAGGGUGAUAAACAGGGUUACCAAAUUCCUGCUGGAACAGAUAUUUUUAUUUCAAUAUAUAAUCUCCAUAGAUCUCCAUACUUCUGGGAGAAUCCGAAUGAAUUUGAACCAGAAAGAUUUCUAGUUCAAAAAGAUAACAAUAAUAUUGAAGGGUGGGCUGGUUUUGAUCCAUCUAGAAGCCCUGGAGCUCUUUACCCAAAUGAGAUUGUAUCAGAUUUUGCUUUCUUACCAUUUGGUGGAGGACCUAGAAGAUGCGUAGGAGAUCAGUUUGCGUUAAUGGAGUCUACGAUAGCUUUAGCGAUGCUAUUAUGGAAAUUUGAUGUGGAGUUGAAAGGAUCGCCGGAAUCUGUGGAGCUUGUCACCGGAGCAACCAUCCAUACGAAGAACGGACUCUUCUGCAAACUCAAGAACAGGUCUCGCAGAGAAGAUUGAAUUCAGGUGAUUUUAAUUGUAUUAUUGUAGAGAAAUUAAUCAAAUAUUGAUACAGAAAUUAACGAAGAAAAUAGAAGAAUGAAUAUCGUCUCAUCUGCCAUUAAAUUACAUACUAUGAACACCGAUCAAACCAGAAAACAUCAAUCUCAGUAUCUCACUCACGAAUAUGAACAAAUAAUUGGAAAACAAAAACUAAUAAACAUACCAAAGGUACAAGUAUUGGAGCGCAGAGUACAGGUUUCUACUUCCAUGGUCUAAUGGACAAGACGAUGAUGGCGAUGAUAAUCAGUAACAGAAGGAUCGCAUAACAAGUCCACUUUCGUGUGUUCUUUUGUUUCUUCCUGGCUUCAUUCAAUUGAACAGUUCCACGAGUCACGUACGAGUUGGCUCUGUUGACAUGAUCCUCGAUGUUAUCGAGUUGCGCUCCUUGAUGUUCCACAAGCACAGCCAUAUCCAUGAAAACUUGGUGAAGCUCCUUAAGGUUUCUCUCGAUCACUGUAACGGCGUCGUGUCGUUCCUGAAUUUCAAGCACUGUAUCCAUCACCUGUCCUCUUCCUUGCUCCUGAAUCGCCUUCUGUAGAAAAGUCUCGCUUUGUCCUGUUGAGAUUAGGUUAUCGACUGUAGCUUCAUCCGCGUUUUCGCCGGUGACGGUGUAGUACCUUCUCUGAACGGUUUCCCGGUGUUCGGCGGUCAUUUUCUGACGGAGCUCGUUGAAGGACUUCAUCGACGUCUGGAGCUGCUUACGAAGGCCGUUGACGACGGAGGUUCGUGUCCGGUCGGUGGAGGUCCCCGGACCACAGCCGGGGAGAUUCCGGUUGGAUGCAUUGGAACGGUCUAGGACUUCUAGACGAUUCUUAAUAAGCUUCGCUUUCUUCAGAGACAAAGCGACGUCGUUGUCCAUCUUCGUUCGUAGGGUUUUGAUGGAUUUAGCGUUGUGUAGGGUUUUGCUCUCCUCGUUCGACGAUUGAAGUUGAUCGUGAAGUAACUCAAGACCUUUGAGCUCCUCCUUUAUCGCCUCCACAUCUUCAAAGAACUUGUCGAGGUUCGUACCGUCGCCAUCGGCGGCGUUCCCCAUCUCAAUAUCACCGUUGCGACCGGCGGAAAAGGAGCGGGAUAGAAGAUCGUUCAUCUUUGUCGCCGGCGUUUUCAAAAUUCAAAAAAAUAAAACACAAAAUCAGAAAUCAAAAUCGUUCCUUAAUCUGAUCGAUUGGAGAAAGAAAGAAUUUGUGGAUUUGGGAGAGGAUUAUGGGAGAAUUAUGUAAGGAUUAGAACUGAAAAACGCGGUGGCGAAUUGACUUUUCUUCCACGGCUGCUUCUGGUAGACUAGUCCAGGUCGUUGGAGGAUGGCGGGACGAAAUUUCAGUAACCCUCGU